AAAAAAAGACAAACAAAAAUUUUGCAUUUCUAAACCUUAUUACAUUUUUUGCGUUUCAAAAGAAUCUGGGCUUUUUCAGGAUAGAUAUUAACCACUGCGUCGCCUUGCUUGCCUGCAAAAUUAACAGUUUCCGGCCGGAGAGUUGGUCUUCGCAGCAGCCAUCGGAGAAUUGGAAUUUCAUAAUAGUGUGUCGUUUUUUUCUUUUUUUCUUUCUUCUUUUUCCCCCUUAAUCGAUGGGCGAUGAGAAAUCCACGAUCGUGAUGGCGGGUAGAGACCGAGAAAGAGAUCGGGAGCUUCUUAUCCCCGUCUCCGACUCUUUACACGAUGAUGUCGCCCCCAAAGCUUCGUCAUCUUCUUCGUCGUCGCAUCAUUCGGGACGUGAGACGUUUUACAAAGUUGUUAGGAGCUGGGCUUCAAAAAAGUUCAUGACUGGAUGUGUAAUCCUAUUCCCCAUUGCUAUCACUUUCUACAUAACAUGGUGGUUUAUUCAUUUUGUUGAUGGAUUUUUCUCUCCAAUCUAUGCCCAACUUGGUAUUGAUAUAUUUGGUCUUGGAUUCAUAACUUCCAUAACAUUCAUUUUCUUGGUUGGGGUAUUCAUGUCAUCUUGGUUGGGAGCAUCUGUCUUGGGUCUCGGCGAGUGGUUUAUUAAACGGAUGCCGUUUGUUCGCCAUAUUUAUAAUGCUUCGAAGCAAAUAAGUGCUGCCAUAUCACCAGAUCAAAACACACAGGCAUUCAAGGAAGUAGCCAUCAUCAGGCAUCCACGCAUUGGUGAAUAUGCAUUUGGGUUCAUAACUUCGACUGUGAUCCUGCAGAACUAUUCUGGGGAAGAGGAGCUAUGCUGUGUCUAUGUUCCUACUAAUCAUCUGUAUAUUGGUGAUAUAUUCCUGGUCAAUGCCAAAGAUGUUAUCAGACCCAAUCUCUCAGUCCGGGAAGGCAUUGAAAUUGUAGUGUCUGGGGGAAUGUCGAUGCCUCAAAUCCUUUCAACGUUGGAUUCACGCAUUCCAUUGGACAGAAGUAGAUCCGACCUAAGCUGAGUUGAAGGCUAUAUCUGUAGAGGAGUCGAUUUAUUGUUUCCAUUGGUUUCAGAUUAAGUCAUCAGAACAGCCACAAUAGAAUCAUUGGAAUGGCUGCAUUAAGAUUGGUGAGGUUAAUGUUGGAUUUGAGUUGAGAUCAAAAGUUUUGGACGGUUGAUGGAUCAAAUUCUGGUGGCUUAUGUCACAUUGGUUAUUGUUUAGAAUGUAGAUUUUAGUGUUUGCUUGGAAAUAUAGUCUGGUGGAUAACACUGGCAGAUAGGCUUGUUCGUUUUGGGUCCCCAAUUUAUUGUCCCACGUUAUUAGCAUGGUUUUGGCUCUGGGCUCUGAAUUUGUACUUCACAGAUGAUUCCAACUCUCAAAGUUUGCCUUGUAGAUAAGACUUCAUAUAUUUCAAGUUCAAUGGCGUCUCACUAUGAUUUCUUGUUCAAAAUUUUUAAGUGUGAAAUUUGGAGUUAAAAGACAUUAAAAACAAGGGCAAAUUAAAAAAAUUAAAAAAAUUGAGGUUUGGCACUUUGACAUCUGGUUUCAGUACUAUAUUAUUAAUUUUGUUAAUGUGAUGAAAUAUUGUUUUAAAAAUAUCUUAUAUCUCACAAAUAAUAAAAUUUUUUUUUACAAAAAUAAAAGAAUUAAAUUAAUAAUUUUAAUAAAAGGAAAAACUUUAUUUUAUUUGUUAUAUAUUGUGAGUUUUCAUUAGGCUUUCAUUAUUCUAAAGAAAAUAUAUAAUAUUUUUUAAAUAAAAAUUAUAUUAUAGUUAUUAUGAUAAAUUUUAUUGUAUAAUGUUUAUGCUCUGGGUAAUGAUAACAGUGUCUGGACCUUUUAUUGUUAACCCAAAUGCCCUAAGCUAUUGGAGUUUGCAUUUCACUAAAGACGAUCCAUUGGCUCAUAUUGACUCGUGAGUAGCCGUCACGAGCGUAAAUAUGCGCUCGCACGUACUUUAGUGGAGUCCGAAGUUUAGUUAGCUCUCAAUAAACGAGGACCCCACAACGAAAACCCUAGCAAGCCGACUCGCUUCUCUUUAUAAGCAGCUGCGAAGGGGCUGGAAAGCAGAUGUUACGCUUGGCCUCAAUUUGCUCUCUUCUUCUAUGGUUAGCGUCUCUGUUGAUGUAUGGUUUUUGCACUUUGUUUCGAUUUGAGGUUUGUUCCUGAAUGUUAUGUGUUCUUCGCUGAGAAAGAUGAGUUGGGGACGGUGACGAUUUCAGCAUGAAAAGGUCUCGUUCGUCGUAAUUGGCUCUAAAGGGCCUUGACGACCAUCCUGCUAUAUCACCACCCAUAUUCCGAGUCCCCAUUCUUCAAUCUUUUUUUUUUCUUUUUUAGUUUCUCUUUUAGCUUCUUGUUCUUAAUAUACUUGUGGAUCGGCCGAUGAUUAAACAACAUUUUAAGACAAGCAUAUGUCUGAAAUUAUCUGUGUUGAUCAAUCUAAUCUUCUCUAUGAGGCCGGUUUAUUUUUUUUCAAUCCAUCUCUGCUUGUUUUUGUUUGGUUGCUGGGAAAAUAAGGUUGCCGGUGAUGAAAGAAUUGGUAUAUUUUGUCACAUAUGAGAAUCUGUGAUUACUUACAUACCACUACUGCCUUCCUUCUGAGGCUUGUAAAUCUCUUGCGUUUGAUUGCUCAUGUGUUUGCUUAUUAUCUUAGAUCAAUUCGUUUUUAAAUUGUAUAUAAUGGGUCACAUGAUGAUCGUAAGCAUAGUUCAACUGAUAAUCUCUGUGAUUAUGAAAACAUUUUGUCUUUCGCUCCUAUCUGAUGGCCCAUUUAUAAUGAUUGUACAAAUUUUCAAUUUGGCUGUUUUAAUUUUAUAAAUUUUGUGGCUUUUUGAAUUUCCUAACCAUUUAUUUUUCUUGGCUUAUUUACAUGUUUGUUUACCUGGUAAGUUGAAUGUAAGUGCAGUUUCUUAUUAUUUCAUCCACAUUUGGUUUUAUGUAUUGGCCUGUGAUUUAAAUAGUUUAUAUAGACAAGCAUAUGCCUGAAUUAUUAGGUGUUGACAAUCCAAAUUGGAUGUACCUAUGAGGCCUAAAGAUAUUUGAUUCUUUAUAUCUGAAUCCUUGCAAUGGAUCAUUGUUAAAUAUUGUUUUAGUGGGAAGUGUUGUCUAUACUUCAUUGCCAGUUUAUGAUAUUAGAUACAUGAUAUGGUUUUCUUUGUACUAGCAUCAUCAUAGAUAUAUGUAAAGUUUGUCAACUUGGGGAGGCAGUGACGAAUUCUAUCAAUGGUCUCGUUCGGCAUAAUGGCAUGUUUGCCUUGCUGACCAUUCUGAUAUAUCACCGCCCAUAUUCUGAUUCCUAACCCAUGUUCCGAGUCCUAUCGAUGAAUUGGCCAAAAUUAUGUUCAUAUGAAUCCUUUAGCAAGCCUGUGUUUUUAUUAUAAUGUGAAAAUUUGAUACAAUAUUCUUUGAUUAGUUUUGCUUGGCUUUGGAAGUGAUUGCUGGAUGGUUUGUUCUCAUUUGUACUGCAGAGAUAACAUUACUGUCAAAUGUUUUCAUGGUUUUAACAAAAUACAAUUAAAUUAGCUGAAUCGAAGAUGGGAUUUGUCUGGAUGUGGUAACUUGUUUUUGUUUGAAGAAUGUUGUUGUAUAGAUUUUUCUGUUAUUAGGCCGGAUCUGUAUACUGCUUUUAGAGUAAAACCUUACUCUAGGCAGCCUAGGCCACCGAAUUCCCAUGAUUGCCCCGUCAAUUAUCAAUGGUAAUAGACAAUUACGUGUUACCAGCUAACCAUUGGUACCACCGCCACAAUCACUUGCCUACUGUAAUCAUCACCUCUAUCGUCGUAAUUGCACUUCUUUAUUAUUAUUAAUCUAGAUAAAUUAAAUAUUAAAAUGAAAAUUAUCAUUAUAUUAGACGUCACAUUAUUUAUUUUAUUAUAUAUCUUCCUAUUCCCCCUAAGAUCAGAGUGUUUAUAUGGAGGGUAGUGCUGAAUUCCAUCUCAGUCAAGGAGAACCAAGUAAAGAAAAGAGUGCAGGCGAGUCCUAUUUGCCUAAUAUGUAAUUUGGAGUCUGAAUCAGAGGAACUGCCCUGGUGUGGUGCCAGCACGCACGUGCAACCUGGUUUCUAAGCCCGGGUGCAUUUCAUCUGUGGUUAUGGAGGUUCUGAAUGGGAAAAUGGAUCAAGGUAUAUUGAUCUCUGCAGCUUUCACAUGCUGGUUUAUUUUGGAAGGCUUGGAAUAAAGCCUUAUUUGAGCAUCUUAAUACUAAUCUGCUUCUCACAGCUCGGCAGAUAUCUGUUGCUAUAUGAGAUACGCACAUGACCAGCUUUGUGCAGCAAUCUCCCAGGAGGAAUUCUGUAGACAAUAACGGAAUCAAUUCAACUCAGGCUUGGCAUCCCCCUCCUAUUAAUACUUUGAAAUUUAGUAGUCAUGUUGCCUGGAAGGAAGGUGAGAGUAAUGCAGCCAUAGCAGUGGUGGUUAGGAAUCAUGUGGGGAAAGUUAUAGAUGGUGCAGCAAGAUUAGUUCACUGUUCUUCCCCCUCUAGCAGGAGAGGCGAUAGGCAAUUCAGUUGGCGUUUACCAUGGGAGCCUACUCCAUCAUCCUUAAUCGGUCUCAGAGGUUCUUAUCUCAGCCCUUGAGAGUAUUCAGAGGGAUGUUUGUUGGGAAAUUCAAGCUUCCGUCCAAGCUGUUAGAAGUCUAGCAGUUCCUGCUAAAGUAGCAGCUCACAACUUAGCUGAGUUGUGUUUUAAUCACCGUUUGCCUUGUAAUUGAUCAGUAGGGAGUCCUAGCUCCUUUGAGGCCAUCUGUAGGGCCUUGUAAUGCAUUUGCAAUUACAAAAAUGUAUAAUUAAUUUUAUUACGUUACAUUAUAUUCUA